AUGAAGAUUCAAGUAGCUUGCACUUUGUGCGGACCGCUUCGGAAGAUGAAGGUACCAACUGAAAGAAAACCAUCAGAGGAAUUCAAUCGAGGACUCCUUGAGCAAACAGACGGCGAUGAAGAUUCUAGUAACUUGCGCUUGUACCAGCAGUUGUACGGCUACGCAACUCGGGGCAAGAUAGAUAGCUUUAAGGACACCAUUGAAAGGAAGCUUAAGGCAGAUGAAGUACAUGAUCCCAAUGCUGGCGUUCGGCUUCUGUCUCGAUUAAGCCCUCAUAAGAACACAUUCCUUCACAUAGCUGCAAGUUUCGGCCAUGCGAAACUAGCAGCCGAGAUCAUACACCUUCACAAGCCCCUUUUGUUUGAGAAAAACUUUGAGGGCGACACUCCGCUCCAUAUUACGGCCAAAACAGGGGAUUUAGAUACAGCAAGCACUCUUCUCUGUGAAGCCCCAGGCGCUGAAAAUGCUGAUGAGGUAUUCAUGUUGCUGACCUCAAUAAAUGAUGAGCAAAACACUCCCUUGCACGAGGCCCUGAUUCAUGGUCACCAAUCAGUAGCAAAGAGUUUGAUAGAGGCCUAUCCUGCCUUUUCUUUUUAUCUCAAUAAGGAAGCAAAGUCCUCUUUGUAUCUGGCCGCUGAGGAAGGGUUUGAUGAGAUCGUGAAACUAAUAAACAAAAAAGCAGUUGAGAAAAAGCCAGAAGUUCGUGAUAAUGGCAAGUCUCCGUUGCAUGCUGCAGUUCUAGGCCGCCGGAACAAUGAAAUCUUAAAGAUAGUAUCAAGCAUGGUGGAAAUUUUUCUCAGCUCAAAAGAUGAGAAGGGGAGGACUCCACUACAUUCUGCAGCAUCAAUUGGUUAUGUAGAAGGGGUUCGCUUCUUAUUAGGCAGACGCAUCUCUGAUUCUCAUCAAAUGGAUCAUGGCGGUAACUUUCCAAUCCAUUCAGCAUCAAGCAAAGGUCAUGUCAAGAUUGUUAAAGAGCUGCUUCGACAUUGUCCCGAUUCAAAGGAACUGAAGAACUCUAAUGGCGAAAAUAUACUCCAUGUUGCAGCAAGAUGCGGUAAAGACAAUCUUGUCAAAUAUUUUCUCAAAAAGGGUGAGUUUCGAAUGUUGGUAAACCAAAAAGACAGGAACGGAAAUACUCCUUUACAUUUGGCAACGAUGCACCACCAUCCCAAGGUUGUCUACAGAUUGGCUUGGGAUACAAGGACAAACUUAAAGCUCUUGAAUGAUAGGCACAUGACAGCUCUUGACAUUACAGAAAGCACUUUGGAAACUAUUGCAUCAUAUCAUGGGAGGCUUACUUGGACGGUAUUGAAAUCUGCUUUCGCACAGCGAGCUCAGAGUUUGCAUGUCCUCCAAAGAAAAAAACAGAGAUCGCCACAAGUAGCAAACAGUGGUGGAGGUUCGACUGACUUGAAGUUACCAAACGAGGAAAGCAUUAGGGACAGGGUGAAUACUCUAUUGGUGGUUACCACACUUGUUGCCACAAUGGCAUUUACAGCCGGUUUCACAAUGCCAGGUGGCAACAACGGUGACGCCCCUCAGGAGGGCAUGGCAAUCUUGCUAACCAACGCUAUGUUCCAAGCCUUUGUGAUUUUUAACACCAUAGCUAUGUAUACUGCCAUCCUUGUUGCAGUCUGUCUCAUUUGGGCGCAGUUGGGGGACUUAAAUUUGGUGGUCACAGCUCUCCGUCUGGCAUUGCCGCUGUUGGGGAUUGCGCUUACCAUGAUUUCCUUAGCCUUCAUGGCUGGGGUUUAUAUGGUAGUUAGCAAUCUUCAUUGGCUUGCCUAUGUUGUAUUGAUCCUGGGAGUCCUUUUCAUUUUCACUGUCUUAGUAGUUUUCACUCCACUCUUCUGCAAAACUACUUCUGGGUCCCGCAUCUUUCGUUGGAUCACUUAUUUUCUCUUCUGUGUGGAAGUAUGGGCUUCUGGAAGUCACAACGAUGACUAAGAAGACGACUGAUCUCCUUGGUUGCGCGACACUCUGGGCCUUCAAACUUAUCAUCUUGGAAUGUUAAGUGGUAGUUCUCGUGUUCCCUAAAAAAAAGUAGUAGUUUUUAUGUUUCAUGCACUUUAUGUUGUAGUUGAGAACUUUUUGAGAAUGUAUGUAUUAUUAACUGUGUAAAUUUUAUUUUGGACAAACUACAA